CUCCGAUCCCUUUGUUUCAUAACGCGCGUUGUACUUUUCAUUACCCUCUCAAAUCAGCCGAAACCCAUUCCCUAUCAAACAAAGUCAAAACCCUAUUUCUCUCACAAACCCACGAACAAACCGGAGCUUCUGCCGCCUUCUGCACACCGGAGCUUCUGCAGCCACGCUGCAGCGAUCAAACCCACGCCACCCUUCAGCCGCCUCUCAAACCCACGGCUGAUUGCAAUGGUGAAAGAUUUGGUUCCUUACAAUGGUGUCCUUAAUUUGGAGGGUCUUCAACGUCCCCUCUUGGCUAUUCAGGCAACAGGUCGCGAAGUAACCACAAAAAGCCGUACCUUCAAAUACCAAAAAAGAAAAACAAUCUUAACAAUGAAAACCGUGCGAUCGCAGAAAUGGGCUUAUGUUCGUAUAAUUGCCGGCACAAUUGCAGGAGGUAUUUUAGGGUUCUACGUUAUGCACCGCCUUGAAAUUAGUUACAAGGCAAAAUGGGAUGAGAGAUUGAAGAAGUAUCAAGAGGAAAAGAUGAGGAAAGAGGAGUCCCAAUUUUCAGAUGAAAAUUCUCUCUAUAUUUCUGAUAAUCCAUCUUCUCAGCUAAGUAAUGAACGAAAUUAGAUUUAAUUGAAUGAAUUAGGUAUCUGUUCAUCAUGUUGAAAUUAUUCUAGAGAUUUAAGCUAGUAUUGCAUUAAUCUUUGAGCUUUACACCCUAUAAUUUCAUUCACAGGUAUUUACUAGUAGAAUAUUUGAGAUUGGAUUUUGCAAGUACUAAACUAUGUAAUUUAACAAUUUUGCGAAAAUAAAUCUUGAUUUUGGCUCAAAUUGAAGUGUCCAAGAGUCAUAUUAAUUUAAUGUUACAAUGUUGAGAUUUGGAAAAUUGAGGUGGAUGGUGGAAUAAAGAGCUGAUUAAUCAUGUUACUGUUGAUUGAUGGAUCCGAGAGUCUUUCCAAGACAAAAGGCAAAGAUGAAGAGUAGAUAGGGGUAAACUGAUAUCGUCGUUCAUUAUAGGAAAUUGCAAUAAAAUUCUUGAUUUUUGCUAGUGAAGUACCCCCAUGCAAUCUCAUAGUCUUACCCAGUUGGGGCGCGUGAAAUGCCAUACCCAGUUGGCGAUACAAAUACGUCAUAGUCACUGCACCCAAGCAAUCUCAUCCUGAUCGGCAUUCACAGUAAGUAUAGGGUGAGGUCGCAUUUCAACUCUAGUCUUAUCCACCGAUAGUGUUGAAUUCACAAUAGCCAUGUAAUAGAUUGUAGACUGUGUCUCUAAAGACUGAGACCGGUGGCACAUGUGCAUAAUUUCACCAACGUUGAUACUUCCGCUAGUGAAGUACCCCUUCCUUUGCAGCUCAGACAUGGGCUCUCCAAAUAGACCAGCCAGCACGAGCUUCCACUCACCAUCAGCGGGUUCAGCGGGGAGUGAACCUUCAAAUACCUAAAAUGCGUUGCACGUUGUGCAACAUUAUGGUCAUCUCCCCGCAGGGAAUGUGGAAGGUGUUGGUAUCCGACUGCCACCUCUCAACAAAGGCCAUAAUUAAAGCACUAUCAAUGUGCUGGUGCAUAAUGUAUGGCAGACGACCAAGGGGAGUGGCAGGUAAAACUCUGUACAGCUCAUUAGACAUAUCUUACAGUCUGAUGAUCGCCUGAAGCAACUUCUUCCUAGUACGACACUUCAAAAUCGAAGGCGUACGCUCAAAGCCCUCAAAAAUAACCUUAGAUAUGUGCCCCCUAGAUGGGUAUCAAGCGGGCGUCAGUGGGGCCCCCAGGCUGGGGUGAUGUGAUAAGUCAUUUCGUGUCGGUGGAUUGUGGGCGCCUCCUUCCCCGUGGAGCUGCAUCGUCAACUUGGUUGUCUUCUGCAUGAUCGAAAGCACCUGCCGUACUAGGGCCUGCCCGUGUAAACUUAUCGGCAUGCCCUCACACGACCGUCUAAUCCACUGGCUGACCAAUAGAGCCUUCGCAGUCACUAUCCUCAUCACUGGAGCCCACCAAAUCACUCUGUAGGUUCGUUUGCUCCUCAAAAUGAGUACGCACUUGGUGCAACGUACUCGAACGUUGGGCCUGACUAUGUCUGGCCGCCUGUUCCUGCCUAGCCCGCCGAGCGGAACUCGUAAACCCCCUUUCACGAGGGUACCCUCUCAGUAUGGUCAGUCUAGAACUAUUCCCACUCAACAAGCCUCUAAAAAAAAACCCUUUCCUCUUUCUUGGUUACUAGCCAUUUACUACAAUUUUGAUAAUUUAAUUAACUAUUAAUAAUUGAUUAAAAUAAUAAAAUAUUACGUUAAGUUAAUUACAUGAAUAAAAAAUCAUAAUUAAUUAACAUAUUAAUUCAUGAUUGGAAACGAUUACUUAAUUAACAUUAAUAAAUUCCCGACACU